UAAUUGUUUUGUACUGAAAGGUUCUGAUAUCUGACAUUCUAUCCACUGUUUUUAAAAAAAUGUAGUUCAAAACGUGUAGUCUGUUUGCCGAGACCGCUGAUUUCAGUUAGCAAAAAAUUCUUCGUUCUUGUAACUUUGCGGGCUCGACUCCGUGAGACUUCUAUAACAUCUGUGCAAGCUAAUUAAGGGUACAUGCGGGUGUCUCAAAUUUGCAGAAGUCUGCAGCCGACUUAGUCUGUUAUUGUAAUUGAUGAACUAAAAUAGUCUGAGAUGCCAGGAGCUGCACGCUUCAUGACCGCGAGUUGAGUUGAUUGACGCAAAAUUGUGAUCAUUACAGUUCACAUGAUCGUGUAAAAAAGUCAGAAAAGAAGUUUCACAAAGCGGCAAAAAUACCGGACGCUGUUUCUCUGAAAGAGACCUUCGGAGUAAUCUUUCAAACAUCCAAAAUUGUCGAAGAAGAUAUAAGAUGUUGAGAUUGGCCCUUUUAGCUACGUUUUGUUGCUUGGCAUCGACCGCAUUGACCGACAGCGGGUGCACCAAUCUAGGUGGGGCAUGUCAGGACUGGAGAUAUUACAAAUGCACCGCCGGUUACGAAACCGGAUUAUGCAGUGGCGACUCCAACAGAAGAUGUUGCCUGCCUUGUGACCUAUCGUGUAGGACAACUGACAGCAAUUAUGACGAUAGCGCUUGCGAAAACAUCGACGGAACAUGUAUGGACAAUUCUAACUACUGUACGGGUGGCUAUUCAUCGGGAUAUUGUGGAGGUCCCUCCGAUAGGCAAUGCUGUUCAGCUAACUCUGGGGGUGGUGGCAUUAUCGGUGGAGGUGGAAGUUGUGAUCUAGUAACUUAUUCAUCUCUGAAUAUCAAAGGUUAUAACAACCUUAAAGUAGAAGUUCACUCUGGAUUUGUUGCAGAUAUGGAUACCUUAAAUAGUUAUGCAAGACAAUGUGAUGUAACCGUUUGGGUAACCCACGCUUUCCGCGAGGAAGGGCAAAAUCUCGGAGGUACGGUUGUUCCACCAGCUACGACGUCUAAUCACCUUGUCGGACAUGCGAUUGAUUUCAAUCUGGAUACCCCGAACGGAUGGUGUAAUGGAGAUUGUCUUUACGAUGGAUAUAAUUCGAAUGCCCAGUGUUUUAUCCAGAAAGUACUAGACACUUCUGGUCUGAGAUGGGGAGGAUAUUGGAGUCCCUCUGAUCCUGUUCAUAUUGACGAUGGAUUGAACGCUUAUCACUACAACGAAUGGGAAGCCUUGUACUACGACUUGCAAGGAAAGUGUUAAUUAAUUGCAGCUGAAACAACAUGAUGAUCAUCAGCCGUUUGUUUUAUUAUAAAAAAAUUAUUCGUUAAUUAAUCAGUAACUAUUAGUAUUAGCAGACUUAUGUAACAACAGUUACGGUGAUUUACAUAUAAACCUCAUUGUAAGUUUUAAAUGCCUACCUUACGUCAACUUACAAUAAUAAGAGUAAUUUAAUAUAUAUAUAAAUCAUCAAGGAAUAAACUUGCAAUAAUUA